ACGCGAGCUGGGUUUGAACCGUUUGGCAGCUCUGAUUUACAAACAACUUGUUGCUCUUCAGCUCGGUACCUGUUCGAUACGGUUUCCGUUUUGGUUUUCACUCUUAUAUGAAUGCAGAAAUACUAACAUGCAGUGUGGAUUUAGUGUGUUUCUAUUGUGUAGUGUGGAAUAGCGUGUUGAUGCUGAGUUGAGCAGUGUAUUCGGUGGUAGCGGAUGCAGUGAGUCUGUUCCCUCAGUGACUGUCCGGCGGGUUUAAACACUCACAGACUUUAACGCUCCUGAGAUGGCGAGCUUUAAUUUAUCGGGUUCAGCGACUCUGUAGUUCUUAUUUAUUUAUUCUUAUUUAUUUAACUUGAAGUGAGAAAUUAAAAACAGCUAAGUGACACAGCUAGCGUUAUCCUGACUCUACUUUUUUUUUUUAAAUUAAAAAUCCACGUAGCUCAGCUCUCAGAUCAGUUCUCUUUAGUGCACCUGCAGCUAGAGCGGCGGCUACAGUUAUCGACACCUUAACGAUUUUUCGGCCAUUGCAAAAAUAGAAAAGACUUUCAGGACGUAAAUUGUACAUGAAUAGUUACUCAAACUUCCACUGGAAAAAAAUGAGUCGAUUCCCGAUUACUUGGUGUAUCAGAUCAUGUGAUACCGUUCCACAAUUAUCGACGCCGUUGUCCGCAGCAGUUAUCGACACCUUAACGAUUUUUCGGCCAUUGCAAAAGUAGAAAAGACUUUCAGGACGUAAAUUGUGCAUGAAUAGUUACUCAAACUUCCACUGGAAAAAAUGAGUUGAUUCCCGAUUACUUAGUGUAUCAGAUCAUGUGAUACCGUUCCACAAUUAUCGACGCCGUUGUCCACAGUAGUUAUCGACACCUUUGUCCGCAGUUAUCAACGCCAUUGUCGGCAGUUAUCGACACCAUUGUCCGCAGUUAUCUACACCGUUGUCUGCGGUUAUUGACACCGUUGUCCACAGUAGUUAUUGACGCCGUUGUCUGCAGUGGUUAUCGACACCUUAACGAUUUUUCGGCCAUUGAAAAAGUCGAAAAGACUUUCAGUAUGUAAAUUGUGCAUGAAUAGUUACUCAGACUUCCACUGGAAAAAAUGAGUCGAUUCCCGAUUACUUAGUGUAUCAGAUCAUGUGAUACCGUUCCACAAUUAUCGACGCCGUUGUCCACAGUAGUUAUCGACACCUUUGUCCGCAGUUAUCAACGCCAUUGUCGGCAGUUAUCGACACCAUUGUCCGCAGUUAUCUACACCGUUGUCUGCGGUUAUUGACACCGUUGUCCACAGUAGUUAUUGACGCCGUUGUCUGCAGUGGUUAUCGACACCUUAACGAUUUUUCGGCCAUUGAAAAAGUCGAAAAGACUUUCAGUAUGUAAAUUGUGCAUGAAUAGUUACUCAGACUUCCACUGGAAAAAAUGAGUCGAUUCCCGAUUACUUAGUGUAUCAGAUCAUGUGAUACCAUUCCACAAUUAUCGACGCCGUUGUCCGCAGCAGUUAUCGACGCCUUAACGAUUUUUCGGCCAUUGCAAAAGUAGAAAAGACUUUCAGGACGUAAAUUGUGCAUGAAUAGUUACUCAGACUUCCACUGGAAAAAAUGAUUUGAUUCCCAAUUACUUAGUGUAUCAGAUCAUGUGACGCCGUUGUCCGCAGCGGUUAUCGACGCCGUUGUCCGCAGCGGUUAUCGACGCCUUAACGAUUUUUCGGCCACUGCAAAAGUAGAUAAGACUUUUAGUACGUAAAUUGUGCAUGAAUAGUUACUCAAACUUCCACUGGAAAAAAUGAGUUGAUUCCCGAUUACUUAGUGUAUCAGAUCAUGUGAUACCGUUCCACAAUUAUCGACGCCGUUGUCCACAGUAGUUAUCGACACCUUUGUCCGCAGUUAUCAACGCCGUUGUCGGCAGUUAUCGACACCAUUGUCCGCAGUUAUCUACACCGUUGUCUGCGGUUAUUGACACCGUUGUCCACAGUAGUUAUUGACGCCGUUGUCUGCAGUGGUUAUCGACACCUUAACGAUUUUUCGGCCAUUGCAAAAGUCGAAAAGACUUUCAGUACGUAAAUUGUGCAUGAAUAGUUACUCAAACUUCCACUGGAAAAAAAAGAGUUUAUUCCCGAUUACUUAGUGCAGGGCUUUUCAAAGUGUGGGGCGCGCCCCCCCUGGGGGGCGCCAGAGUUCUUAAGGGGGGGCGCAACGUGAGGAAAAAUAAACCAGAAUGAGUUACUAUUACGGACAUUUAGCAAACUUCAGCUAGCCUUUACCAGAGACAAAAUGGAUCGAUUUUUAGUACCUAAAGCGUGAGUGAGGAGACAGAGUCUGGGCCAAGCAAAAAAACAGACCCUCCAGGAUGUUGUGAUUUGCAACUUCAACGCAAAUUCAACCAAUCCCCGCAAAUUCAGGGCGGUGCUGCAAUUAUAUCCAGUCACCGCAACUUCCCCGCAAAUUUGACCAAUCGUUGGCGUCGUCUUGAGGACAUGAUGAGUAGACAAGAGGACUCUUUGGAGAAACUGGACUCUGACUUUGAUCACUACUUGGUUGACAUGAAACCUCACGUACUCAGGCUUCCAGAAAAAUCAGGAGCACCGGCACACCUGGACAUUCGUGCAGAACGUCAGCGCUGUGCCCUGUGGAUCAAGAAGCUCUGUGAUCCUGUGGCGUCCGGCUCUGGGCUGAUGGGAAGGAAAAAUCGCAACGCAUACGCCAGGCUUCUUCUGCACAUGCUCAGGAAAGGAGUCCUCGAGGGACCGUUUACCUACAAGCCUGAAGCGGGAAGCCUCAAAACUUUACCAACAUAUAUGUCAGUGUACUACGAUGAGCCGCUGGCGUCCAGGUCUCGAGCACAGAGCUCCACCGUGCUGCCAGACUGGGUUUCUGGUGAACUGGAUGGUGAUGACAUGUGGUCAGGUCUGCUGAAGGAUUCCCCCCCACCUCAUCCAAGCUCAACCAGAAGGAGAAAUCUGUUCAGUCACAAGUCUCCAACCAGACCUCUAUCUUCCAGUCCACUCAAACCCACUGCCAAAAAGGAUAAGAGGGAUGAGCGGCUAAGCAGACCCUCGUCUGAUGACAGCGACUUAGAAGCCCGUCUCAACAGCUGGAACCUCGGGAUUGAAAACCCCAGGUAUUUGCGCGAGAACCCUAUUCCCCUGUCUCCGAUUUACCCAAAAUCAAGCCUAAGAAAAGGUAGCACCCUUACCGAUGAGCCUCCCGUUUACAAACCUGAUAAGGAGACUGAAAUGAAGACCAAAGUUCUGGAGGCCAAAUACCAAGAGGAGAAGCUGAAGCUCCAGCAAAGACAUGAUGCUGAUGUUCAGAAGAUUUUACAUCGUAAGAAUGGCGAGAUUGAGGAGCUGAAGAAUUUGCACCGGUCCAAGCAGAAAGAAGCCGAAGAAGCAGUGAGAGCACUGGAGAAAAAAGUUCAAAGCUUGCUGCGCGAGUCCCAGGUCAUCCGCCAGAGCAAAGACAAGCAGAUCGCAGAGUUGAAGAAAAUGUCAGAUCAAAGUGCUGACUGUCUGAAAAACGAAUGGGAGAAGAAGCUGCACACACUCGUGGCUCAGAUGGAGCAGGAGAAGUUUGAGCUGCAGAAGAAACACACAGACAGCAUCCAGGAGCUGCUGGAGGACACCAACCAGCGGCUGGCCAAGAUGGAGGCCGAGUAUGGCAGCCAGGCACGAGCCACUGAGCAAACAGUGCGGGAUCUGGAGGCGCGGGUGAAGCAGCUCUCAGUGGAGGUAGAGAACGGAAACCUGCUCAGGCAGAAGGUCACACAGGAGAAAGCCGAGCUGGAAAUCCACAUUGCAGCCAUCAGUGCUGAGCUGCAGGAGGCAAACUGCAGGAAUAUGACUCUACAGAGGGAGAAAGAUCUACAGAGUGAGCGGCAUGAGGAGACACUACAAAAGCUCCAGGCCAACCGUGAUGCAGACAUCAGCCACUUUCAACAGGAGCAUGCACUGUCUGCAGCCAAGGCGUCUGAGGUGAUCGAAGAUCUGGAACAGAUGGUGGCUCGGCUCAAACAGCAGCUGCGAGACAGCGAGCACCAAAGGCAAAAGCAGCUCAGGGAGCUGGAAAAUAAGAUGCAGCACGAGAGAAUGGACCUUCAGAAGACCAGUGAUAAAAAGGUGCAGUCUCUGCAGGCCGAGCUGGACAAGGAGCGGAACGAAGCCAGAAAAAAGUGCAUGAAGUUGGAGGAGGCACUCAGGGAGAAAGAGGAUCACAUGAGCCGCCUGAGAGAAUCCCAGAGACAGCAGACCCAGCAGGCAGAGAGCGCUUUGGAGAGCUUUAAGAAGCAGGUGGAGCUCAGCUCCGAAAAAGCCUAUGCUGACAUGAAGCAGCAGAUGGAAAAGGUCGAAGCUGAUCUGUCCCGUUCUAAGUCACUGAGAGAGAAGCAAACAAAGGAGUUUGGUCACCAACUAGAGGAGCUCCAACAGAAAUACGAGCAGCAGAUUAUGGAGCUGAAACUGCAGCAUGAGCAGGAGAGGACACACCUACUUCAGCAACACAAUACGGAGAAGGACAGCCUGGUCCAGGAUCAUCAGCGGGAGAUUGCUAGUCUGGAGAAGCAGGCGCGGUCUGCCAUGGCCCAGCACCAAGCGCACACCCAGGAAUGGAGAAAGCGGGAUGGACAGACCAUCAGCGAGCUGGAGUCCCAAGUGCACACUUUGAGGGAGGAGCUUCUCGCGGCUCACAGUCAGAGGAAACAGCAGCUGUCCGAGCUGGGCCUACUGCGUGAGGAAGAGCGCCAACGGGCCGCCCAGGAACAGGAAGCGGCGUUAGGCCGUGUGCGGGCCGAGAUGGAGCGGGUCCGCCAGGAUCUAGAGAGGAGCCACAGUGCUGAGAGAGAACUCGCUCAGGAGAAGGCAAACAGCAGGGUGAAGCAGCUUGAGAAGGAAUACACCCAGAAGCUUGCUAAGUCUGCACAGACAAUGGCAGAGCUACAGACAACACUGUUCUCCAUUAAAGAAGAGAGCAAACAAACCCAGCAGGCUCUGGAGCACCAGCUACAGGAAGCGCGUACACGCUGGGAUGAGGAGAGAAGACAGCUCAGCCGAGAUGCUGAUCGUGUCAGCAAGGCUCUCCAGGAGCGGGUGGAGAGCUUGCAAAGGCAGCUACGCACUGCAGAGAAGAAACUGAUGAGCCGAGAGCUGGAGACCCAGGAACAGAUCACACACAUCCGCCAGGAGUACGAGUUAAAGAUUAAAGGCCUGAUGCCUGCUGAGCUCAGGCAGGAGCUGGAGGACACCAUCACCUCUCUCAAGUCACAGGUCAGUUUCCUCCAGAAGAAAGCGUGUGUUUUACAGGAGGACUUGGAUGCCUGCCGCAGCAGGAGGUAAUGAAGGACAUGUAAUAUUCAGCAUUGAAGAUUUCACGCCAAACAUCCUCACGCACACCAUUCAUGUUUUGGACCAUGACUUGCUUUCAUGUUUUGUGUGUCAUGUCUGAAUUUUACAACUUUCUUUCUAUAUGUAUUUAUGCACCGAGCCAUCAUAUUUAUUUCCAUUUUUGAAAACAAACGAGUUCUGCAUAAUGCGGCAUGCUGUUUAUUCAUCACAACAAAUGGUACAUACUGUUUGUUUGGCCCUGUUUACUUGAUUUAUGAAAGCAAAAAAGUGUCGCAUUCCAAUUUGUUUUCAUUUUAA